AUGACUCACCUCAAAUUUGUCACCCUUGAUGUCUUCACAUCAACCCCCUACUCUGGCAAUCCACUUGCAGUAGUCUUCCUCCCAGACGACUCAAACGCUCUAACCCAGGGCCAGAAGCAAACCAUCGCGCGAGAAUUCAAUCUGUCAGAAAGUGUCUUUGUCCACCCAGUGCGCGAGAAAAGCAAGCGCACCAUCGACAUCUUCACCACAGACUGUGAAAUCCCCUUCGCUGGCCAUCCCACAAUUGGUGCAGCGUCCUGGUUCCUGAGCCACUCAACUGACCCCGCGGAUGGCGAGGGCGUAACCAGCCUUACGACCAAGUCCGGCGACAUCUCAAUCUCAGUCCAGAAUCACGAAACCAAAUCCGUCUCUGCGCAGAUUGCGCACAAUACACGCAUCCAUACCGCGCGGUUCAGCCUGAAGGAGUUGGUUAGGCUGCACCCGACGCUGGUGCCGUUCUUCACGCAGCCCGAUAUUACGUUCCCGCUCUUUUCAAUUGUCAACGGGAUGAGCCAGUUAUUUGUAGAGCUUCCUUCGCUUGAGGCGCUGGCUGCUGUGACGCCUGCAACCGGUGGUGAGCUGGUUUCUACUGAUUAUCUUGAUGAGGGGUGGCAGGCUGGGUUGAUCUGUGUGUACUUCAUUGUUCGGGACGUUGAGGAUAGUGUCUCGAACAAGAAGGUUAUUCGGUCCAGGACGAUCUUGGGAACUCUAGAAGAUCCGGCCACUGGCAGUGCGGCUAGUGGGUUGGCGGCGUACUUGACGCUUACCGAGGGCAAAGCUGGUCAGAAUCAUCAGUACCAUGUUGUACAGGGUGUUGAGAUGGGACGCCGGAGUGAUAUCGGUGUCGGGGCCAAGUUGGAUGGCGACAAGAAGAUUGAACAGGUCAUGCUGACAGGCACUGCCAUUAGCGUGUCAGAGGGCAAGGUACUGGUACCUCAGGCCUAA